ACGGCUGUAACACUUGGGUUCGGACCGUCGGACUUGCUGACGGCUGUGAUGCUCCACGACGCGUGUCAAUUACGAUGCCGGCUCGGUGGAGCGUGCUGCCACCGCGACACGGUGCAGCGUCACGUGCUCGCCCUGACAUGCCUCUUCGUCGCUCACAAAGCCAGGGCCGCGCGCACAUCCACCAAUUCCUUGAGCACGGACGCCUUCUGCCAGACAUUGGCAUGUCUAGAGGGUUUAUCGGCGGUCAAGGGCUGCAUGCUGGAGCGUCAGCUCCACUGGGUGUCUCGCCUCUUCCCGUCCCUGCAUCUCCCGGCUUCUGGUGACAUGGAGGCCGCUGCUGGGCUCUUACGCAGUCUAUGGUCGUCGUUGUUUCGCGACGGCAACUCGUCGUCUCACGCUCGCUACCUCGCAGCCUUCGUGCUUCAGCUGAGGACUACGGUUUUCGGCCGGAUGAAGGUCCCUCCCAGUGUGGUAGCCGCUGCCGCUGAUGUGGCUGUUCGCGGUGUCAAGUCUACACGGAAGCAG